UCUAAUGUUUGUAUCUCAGGGAGGAAUGGAGGCGUGUCUUUACUGUAAACAUGAGUCAGGAAGAACUCCCUAAACUCUUCAGUGCAGAUUAUUUACGCCUUCUUUAACAGUAUUUUCUUCAAAUCUAAACUUUUCACUCGACUCUGACUUUGUCCUCGAUACUGCUGGCACCAUGACAGUGUUUGAAAACUGUACUGUGGUGUUAGAUGUCAAAAAUCUGCCUUUUAAAGAGAAGAAUAAACUGAGACUAGCUCUUCUGGAGAAUGGAGGAAACAUCUCAUAUGUCAUCAACAAAGAGUGCUCUUUUGUAGUCACUAGCAGUGUGAAUGACCUGAGCAGUAACCGGCAGCGCAGCAUCCAGAAGCUCCAGAUCCCAGUGGUCGGGACGCAGUAUGUGUGGAGCUGUCUGGACCAAGGGCAUCUCCUGCCUUUGACGGAGCAUGAUUUGGCCCCACAGCUGGCGUAUCCCGGCUCUCAAUUCCUUCCCCGUUCAGAGGUAAAAGUGUCGACACACAAACUAGAAAAAGAGAAGUUCAAAGGUCACACUGAGCUCCCAAAGACUGAACUUGAGAAGGGUGGACCCCAUCCUGACAGGUUCAGAGUUUAUAAAGAAGGCGACCAUGGGCUGCCUGAAUUUCCUUCUUAUUUUCAAGUAGCCAAGUAUUCGGUUUUUGAGAGGGUCAAACCCAAGGCAUUGUCUGUUUUGGAGCUGCAGAGUGCCAAAGGCCGAGCAGGCCAGCAGUAUCGUGUGUUGUGUUCAGUCUUGCGUGAAGCUGAGACCGCCGUGGUUCAAGACAAGCUUGUGUUCUGCGUGACGUCUGAAGAUGCAGUGGAAGCAUAUCUGCAGCUGAUGAAGGAGAUGGAGACAGAGGGAUUCACAAAGACACACACACUUCCCUCUGAGGUUGAGCGCUUGGCAUCCUACAGCCUGCAGCAGCUGCUGUUGGAGGAGAAGCUGAACUGCAGCACAUUAUCACAGGAAGUUGGUGUCUUCGUGGAGCUGGUUUGGACUGAAGCUCUCGGGUCCCUUAAUAACAUCCUGACAGUCCCUGUCUCCAGAAUCAGCCUCAAUGAUGUGAGCAGGGUGGAGGGAUUGUUACUGCAGGCACAAAAGACGGAGAAAGAGGAUGAAGUCAAAGCCCUGCUGGAGGAGGUCAACACUCUUCUACCCCUCAGAAUGAUCGACCCUCCUUCCAAACACAAGCUUGUGUCUCAGAAGCUAGACCUUUGUCAGCUGAUCAGAGAUAUUGUGAAUGUCAGUGAGGCCACUCUGGGAAUCCCCUCGGUCUCAUCUUUGGGAAAGUAUCGAGCUCUGAGGUGCAGCAUUGAGGUUGUUCCACCACAAAACCCUGAGUUUCAUGUUGUCUCUCAACUGCUUCAGGACAGGCCUGUUCAGAUUCAGCAGAUACUGCGUGUCAGCAGAGGGGUGGAGCUUCAGAUGUUUAGGGAGGAUUUAGGCAACAUUAAACCCCUCCUCCACUCCACUAGUUCCAGCAGCUUUGUUGGAAUACUGUCACGAGGUCUGCUGCUGCCCAGGGUUGGAGUUGAACAGCAUGGGAUCGAGAGAACGGAUAUCGGUAAUCUUGGAGGAGGAAUCUACUUCAGUGACUCUCUAAAGACUAGUGUGAAAUACUCCAAGCCCAGUGUAACUGACGGCUCUCGGCUGCUGUUGGUGUGUGAAGUGGCGUUGGGUCGGUGUAAGGACCUGCUGAAGAAAGACACCACUUUGACUUGCGCUCCUGACGGCUGUCACAGUGUACACGGAGUCCGCCGCUCUCCCAGCAGACUCUCUGACUUUGAGGAUGAUGAGUUUGUUGUCUAUAACACAGAGCAGAUCAGAAUGAAGUAUGUGGUCCAGUACAGUCUGGAGGGGGACGAGUUAAAAGAGUUCCAGCCUCAUAUUAACACUCAGCUCAUGCAGAUCACGGACACAACCGCUGAUGUCUUGUCCAGUGAUGAUGUUGAAGGUUUGGAGUCCACUAAGAAUCCUCUAGAGGAGAUGAACGCAGGUUUGCUGGACAGCAGUGGUCAGAAACUUCCUCUACAGGCUGUCAAUGUGAAGUGCAAGCUGAUGGACCUGCUGUGUCAGGUCAUCAUUUUUCAGACCUACACAAACCAGAGUGCUGUUCCCAUUGAAGCAAAGUAUGUCUUUCCACUGGAGGAGACGGCAGCAGUGUGUGGAUUUGAAGCCUUUAUCAAUGGAAAACACGUCAUUGGAAAGGUAAAGGAAAAAGAGCAGGCUCGUAAGGAGUACAAGCAAGCCAUAGAGAAAGGCCAUGGAGCCUACCUGAUGGACCAGGAUGCACCUGAUGUAUUUACUAUCAGCGUGGGGAAUCUUCCUCCUGGAGCCACAGUUCUGAUCAAAGUGACGUUCAUCACUGAGCUGCUGGUCAGAUCAGGCUCUAUAAUCUUCUCACUGUCCGGCAGCGUGGCACCAUGGCAACAGAGCGCCGCCCUUAAUCAGACAACUCAGGCAACUGUUGAAAAGAUUGGUGUGACGGAGCUUCAGUCAGAGGGAGAGUUUUCUCUGUCUAUGUCAAUUGAAAUGCCUUAUGAGAUCAUCAACUUGAGCUCUUCACACCGCAUCAAAACCAAGAGGACAGACUGUAAGGCAGUGAUCAGCACGUUACCGGGACAGACUCUGGGAUCUGAAGGGUUACAGGUGUCCUUCAGUCUUUCUAAUAUCCACAUGCCCAGGAUGUGGGUCGAGAACCGUCCGGAUAAAGAUAGUCAGGCCUGCAUGCUGGUGUUUUAUCCUGACUUUAAGUCAAUCGGGGUGUCCAGCUCUGGAGGUCCGUCCAGUGUGAGCGAUGUGGUCAUUCUACUGGACUCCUCCAAGUCCAUGCGGGGAGACGCCAUGCUAAACGCUCGCAGGAUUGCCCUUCAAGUCCUCAAAUCUCUGGACCACUCACUGAAGAUCAACAUCAUCUCUUUCAGCACUGAUUACAAGGAAGCGUUUCCUGCACCAUUGCCUUUAUUUGAGGCAUCUGAAGCAGCCAGAAAGUUUAUUAUGUCGUGUAGCGGCUCUGGUGGCAGCACUGAUCUGUGGCGGCCUCUCCGGAUCCUGAGUCUGCUGCCUCCCUGCCGGGGCGUGAGGAACAUCCUGCUGCUCUCUGAUGGACAUGUUCAGAACCAGCCUCUGACCCUACAGCUGGUCCGAGAAAACUCCUGCCACACGCGCCUCUUCACCUGCGGACUCAGCUUGACAGCCAAUCGUCAUAUGCUCAGAGCUUUGGCUCAGGCAGGUGGAGGAACAUAUGAAUUUUUUGACACAAAGAUGAAACACACUUGGACAGAGAAGGUGCGUGCUCAGGUUGAGCGUAUGGAGUCUCCAGGCUGCAGAUCAGUGGCAGUGAAGUGGCAGCAGUUUAGUCCCACAGCGCCCCGUCCUGUUCAAGCCCCUUCACAGCUUCACGCCCUCUUCAGUGACUGUCACUCUCUGGUGUACGGCUUUGUGCCUCACUGCACUCAGGCAACACUGUUUGGUGAUUUGAGUGGACAAGAGAUCAAAACCAUGGUUUCCACCACAGAACUACAAAAGACAAAAGGAACCUUCCUUCACAAGUUAACAGCAAGAGCGAUCAUCAGAGACUAUGAAGAUGGCAUUCUAGGCAACAGUGAGGCAGAACACGAGGGGAAGAAAGCAGAGCUGAAGUCCUACAUCAUUGAGCUCAGUAAAGAGUUCUCCAUCUUGUCCCAGUUCACAAGUUUUGUCGCCAUUGAAGAGAGGGACCAGAAUGAGCUUGACACUGGAUUCACAGAUAUUCCCAAAAUCAUAUCAGAAGAGGAUGUGGAUAUUUUACCAUACAUGGGCUGGACUAAAGAGAAGCUGAAAGAUGUAAGGAUAGAAUCAAAAGAAUUGUCCAGUAGCAGCUCCUCGUAUCAUGUUUUGGAUAAGGAUUACAUGGAAGAAUGCAUCUGGAAUGAAAUAUCUUUUGAAAUGGAUCAUUACGAAAUGGAGGAGGCUGUGGGAUCUAAUGAUUAUUUUCUAGAAGGGUCUGCAGAACCACCUGUCCCUCAGCCAUUAUGUUAUGCUACUUGUACCAUCCAGAGUCCUCCUCAUUCUGAUAGGAGCACUUUCGGUUUCAUAGGCUCACACAAGGAUUUUCCAGAUUUGGAUGAGUUUGGUAUUUCCACUCCAGAACCUUACAGGGGCCAUAAGACAAAGGCUCCCCGUCGCCGGGCUUACCCUAUGAGGGACAGGCUUCCCAUUCACGCUGGUGUAAUGCCUGUUUGUUAUUCCUCCAGGAUUGAGGAGCAUCCCUUUUACGAUACUACCUCAGAGUGUUAUUUAUAUAGGAAAAGAGGAAAGGCACGCUUGCCACAACGUUUUUCACAACCUCAAGACACUUUGUCAAAACUGAGAAGGAAAUCUGACACAGUGGCCUGGAAUGAGCUGUUUGACCUUCAGCAUGAGGAUGGAUACUGGGAGUGCACUGACAGGCUGAGCAGCUUCCUCAACCUGGACAUAGACUUUUUUGCCAAUGUCUUCCUUAGGGAGAAAGGCAUCCGUUCUUUUGGUGUGAAGGCUCAUGCUGACAUUCUGAGGCUGGUGGCGACUCUGCUGGUGCUGCAGCUGAUCCGGGUGAAGAAGCUGGCAGUGGGACAGCUGCUCGAGUCUCUCCUCCGGCUGAAAGAGUCCCAGGAGCCCAGACCGAUGUACUGGGAAGCAGUGAAGAGGGCCGUGGACUGGGCCUGCCGGACAGACAGACAGUAUCCGUGUGUGUGCAGCAGGCUGGAGAUCGGCUGGGAUUGGGAAUCAUCUACACGUCAACUACUGGGCUGUGAUUCUCCACACCCAUAUUCCCCACUCAGACCUGUUCUGGAGAGACGUACAGGUGUAUCAGUCAUGUAGAAACUGGACAGACACUUCCCUCUUCAUUGACAGUUGCUGCUUCACUUUGCAGUUUGCCUAAUAUUGCUUGCUUAAUAAAUGUCUUUAUGAGACUGAAAAUUAUAUUUGGACACCUGAACUUAAUAAGAUGCUUGAAUGUCAUUGCAUUUAAAAGAAAAGAUAAAAAAGUGCCCUUUUUGCUAGAACUUUUUUUUCUGAACUAUUUUGUUCAGACAAUUGUCAAUGUGAUUUUUAGUGGCCAUUUGAAGUCAUUUCUCCUCAAAUUCACACUGAUGUUCAUUACAUUAACUAUGAUUAUGAUGCUGUAUGUUGUUUUAUCAUAAAAAUUUAAUUUUAGUUGUGAAAUGUUUUACUGUUUUACUGCAUGUGCUGUCUUUUUAAAAUAAACUAAAUAAAAUAAAGAUAAAUAUAUUGUUACAGUAAAAAAUAUUAGCAUCUCAAGGACAACCGUUCACAGAAUGUCUUCUGUUCUGUAAUCGUCACACACACACACACACACACACACACUGUUGCAGAUGAGAGCAGUUAUCAAAUAUAUCGAAACUACUCUAUAUUUUAAAUAUUGGUGACAUUUAUGGUUUUGUAUUAGAGAUUGGCACAGUUUCAAAUAUAUUUCAAAUAAAUAUGCGUAAAAAAAAA